AUAGAGUAUUAGACGUGACAGAUAUUCUGUGAAAACAAAUGGAGCUCCUCUGCCUGUUCCCAGUGCUCCCAGUGCACACGGCAGAAACAACCAAUCAGAGCCAGGAGGAGGGUCUUAGUGCUGUCAAUCACCCUCAUGUAGCCUGGCCCGAAUGUUCAGGUUGGUUAGUGUGACCACCAGUGAUGGCAAAUAAACAGUUUCUCUGGAUCGGUAAAUUGUUUCUCCACCAUUAGCAUAUUGUUCAAUACACGAACAUGAUUGACGGCGCUAAGACUCUCCUCUGGCCUCUGAUUGGUUGCUUUUGACCUGGAGCGGUGUAUUUCUUCAGACAGCAUUAGCAUCAUGAGGAAAUGGAGGAGCUUGAUUUUUUUUUUUUUUUCAUAGAUUAUCUGUCUGGUAGCAUUCUGUAACAAUAUGGUGACACGUUUAACAAAUAUGGAAAAAAACAUAUUUGUUAAAAGUUAUGUUUACUGCAUCUUUGUGCAGCUGUUUAAAUUGUCAACACUUGACUAAAUCGACUCAUUUAGUCAAUUAAAAAUGACACAUAUUUGUAACCAAUCAUGUUCGUGGUUUUGGUUUAAGGCGUGGUUUGUUCUUGGUGCCACACAGAGCAGUUGUAGUUUCUAAGUGGAGACUGGGAGUGUCUUUGUUUCCAGUUUCUGCUCAGAUGAGAAGUCAUUUCCACCGGCUGUACGGAGGAUCAGAGGGAGGCAAGCAGCUCAGACGGCUUCAGGACCGAUCUGUGACGUAGUGAGGAGGCGGCAGCAGUGCCAGCACUUCCUUCUCUCCGCCACCAGGGAGCAGGAGUGCGCAGGUCUAUCAUGACUGCCUCUGAGUGGCUCUUAAAAUGUACCCCGGGAAUGGCCACACUGUGGAAGUCAACGCUCACAAACGAAGAGACCAGCUCAGGAGCCGAGGUGACACAACACACAGGGUUCCGUCUGCUCCGGAUCUCAUUCCUAGAACCGAAAAGGAACAAACGUUCAGUGUAAGAGGUGAGACGUUCCACAGAAACUCUACGCCGGUCUUGGAUUCAAGCAGCCACAUCUACUCAGGCCCUGAGGACAACUCCACAGAGCCACACAAGUCGCUCACAGAGUCUUCCACCAUCACCUUUGUAGAUGGCUACACUCUUGAGGAGUCGGUGGAGUACCACAGUCUACAGAGAGCAGGGACGACGUACCUUAAGGAGUUUGUGUUGAUAGAUGAUGACGAAGACGGGGACAUGUCGCUGAGGGAGAAAACUGUGACAGACUUCUCCGUCAGGGAUGGGAACGCCGCCGACCUGGUGUGCGGGAGGCUCCUGUCCACGUCCACGGGCUCGCUGUCCGAGUCCAAGGAUGAGUCUUCGGUCCGUGGCCCCCCACCACUGGAGGAGGUCGAGGCAGUACACAAAGACAAUCCCUGCUGCUCCUGCACCGUGCUAUGAUUGGUCAGGAGCUUCUGAAACCCAAUAACACAGCCUGGCAAAAGUAUCCAUACUUGUUAAACAUUCUGGGAUUUUCUUAGGCUACAGCUAGGGAUGCACAGAUGAGAACAACCACAUGUUGUCGUUCUUUGUUAAACCUUUAUAUGCAUGAAAAACUUUUAAGUUCCACUUCCAUUUCUACUGGUUUCUUGCCUUUCAGGAGAAACAUUUUGUGAUAUGAAGCACAUUUGUACUUACUGGUUAAACUGGCACAAUAGGCUGUUUGAGACACUUCUCAAUAUUGACUUCCAGAAUUUUUUUCAUGUACUUUUUCUUUAAAGAAAGAUGUUUAUUUUGAUUUCGUGCACAGAAUCUUAGUUUAGAUGAUCAGUCUUGAAGUAAACAAAUACUUCUCGAAAGUUUGUUAGAAUUUUUUUUAUACUAAACCAAAUGCAUGUUUUUUUUUUAGAUCUGUUCAUGGUGAAGGAUUUUAGAACUACACAGAAGUUCAUAAACAAAUGGGUGCUAACCUGAAAUAAAUCAAAUUUUUAAGGUCUUUUUUUGUUCAUUCUUGUUGUUUACGCACUUCAUGAGUAAAAAAAAAAAAAAUCCCAAAACAACUUAUCUAGCGAUUAAGAAAUAAAAAAUGUUUAAGAGGAACCUCCAGUAACUGUUAACUGGAGGUAACUAAACCAAAAUAUUUGUUUUCUUUUUUUACCUUAUUUUUCUUAAGUUGAAAAACUUCUAGGGACUUGUAGUAAAUUAUCAAUUUCUUUCUGUUUCCCUGGGAUAUGACUGUGAUGUGACACUGAUGCCCAAUUCUUUCAGCAAGUAGCUCCAGACAGGAAGAGGACCUCCUUUUAUCAUGUCACCAUGCAUGUGAGCAGGAUGGUAAGGAAAAUAGUGAAAGAGAAGACCCAGAACUCUGCAUUCUUCAAUCUUGCUAAAUAUUAAAGAAGUGUUGUCCUGUUGGCAAAAUGACACCGUACAAACAGCAGUGGUACCAAAGACUGAGCUUCUGGUGAUUUUAAUGUUAAACACACUUAUUUUUUUCCUACUGAAUAAAUGUGCUCAAUUUG